UUAGUAUUUUAGUCUUCAACUGGAAUAAUUGGCAGGAUUCUUGUAACAUGCCCUUUCAGAAAACAAUUUUAUUUUGAGAAAUGGAUACCAGUUGAAAUUUGAUAUUUGAGGGAAAAUUUCUGACUAGACAGAGAACUUCAGGCAGAUAAAAAGGGCCAUGCAAAUGCAUUUCAGACUGAAUUUUCUAUUUCCAGUAAGUUGAAAAAGCUUUCCAAUAAUAACAAACUAGUGGACUACAUUGUACGUUUUUCUGAGUCAUGGUCUACACUGUUACAGAUCAUAGAAAUGACACCAGAAAAUGUCCAUGUGCUUCUACUUGAGUCUUAUGAUUUAUGAUUCUCUGAGUGUGUAAAACACAACAAUCUAGUUGAUUUGUUUAAAAGUGACUUCACUCAAUUAAGCAACUCGAAGAAUCUUGAGAUUAACAGGUUUUAAUCUUCAUACCUCGCACUGACAAUAAUUUGGGAGUGACUCUUUCAGAAUUUACAAUCCAGUUUCCAAGAAAGCUCAACUACAUGUAUGAAUCAUGUGCACAUAACCUAAUUUGAUUCUAUUUUCUCCAGGGUUUGGAUGAUAUGGAGUCAGAUCUGUUUGGUGGAUCCCUAGGAAAGAAGGCCACACCCAACAAACCUACAAAAUCUGUGAAGAAUGCAUCAGAACCAAAGAAGAUAAACACUGAUAAUGAACGACCCCCUAGUGUAGACUCCACAAGGGCAAAGAGCUCUUCUCCAUCCUCUGCAAAAACUGGUGAGAAAAAAGACACCAAACAAGACUCUGGUGCUGUUGCCACCAAACCAAAAGAAACACAAAAACCAAGAAAAAAGUUUGAUUUUGGAGAAUUUGAUGAAGAUGAUCCCUUAGCUGGUCUUUUGUCGGACGAAGAUGAUGAUCCAAAACCAAAACCUAAAAAGUCCACAACUGCCAAGAAAGCUGGCUCAUCAGGGAUAUCCAGACAAGACUCCACUGAAGAAAGGCCAAAGUCCUCAAGAGGGCGUCGAUCAGCCAAUCCAGAGCCUGCAAAUUCACCGUCACCUCCUGUAACACCAGAACAUCAACUUGCCGUCAGGAGGGACAAAGAUGGAAGUGGAACUGUAUCUUCCCCUCCUGGAUCCCCAGCAGCUGCACCAGAUAGCAGGGGGGAAGAUGUGAGAUCUUCCCAGGCAUCUCCUCAAGACAAAGGCAUUGGAAAGACAGCUGCCAGGAAAGCGAAGCCAAGCAAAGAUGAGAUCAAUUUUGAUUCAGAUGAAGAUCUACCUGGUCUAAAUGAUUCUAUUGAAAAGACUCCGAGAGACUCACCCACCCCACCCCCAAGAUCAAAGCCAGAACUUAGCAACAGAAAGAAAAGUCAAGAGUCCUCUGGGGAUAUUUUUGGUGAUGACGAUGAUCUGCCUGGCACAGAGACCAGAAGUGACAGUCCCUCAAAGAAUUCUCGUUUCAGUGAACUUUUGGGUAAAAAAGAGAAAGAUGAACCUAAAAAGCAAGUUCCUAAGUCACUGGAUGACUUCAUGGCCAACAUCAGUGGGAAGUCAUCUGCUGGAAGUACAGCAAGUAAGAAAGUUUCAAGUCCUACAUCUGAGGAGUCGUUUCAGUUUGGAGGCUACAUGCCUUCUGCAGCCUCCAGCAGCCAGUCACGCAGCCGAGGGGGUCUGGCCAGACCAGACACAGCUCCCGGCUCCACCAAGCGCUCCGUGAGGUUUUCAGAUGAUCUGGGACUUGGUGACGAAUUGUUUGGAAGUGAGCGGCCCUCUACAGCUCCGGGUGAAAGAUCAGGCAGAAGGCUGGCAAAGAGAGGUGAAAAAGAUGAGAACAUCAAUGGAUCGUAUUUGGAUGAUAAAAAGAAACCACCAGAAGGUAACAAGCCAACUAGAAGAGAAACAACUAGUAAUGCUUCAGAGGAAGUCAAAGAUGAGGCAGUUAAAAAUCCACAAGCUGUUAAACCACAGGAUGACAGGUCACCGGCUGUACAAGGAUCAAAACCAAGUGGUGGAGGCGGCGGCGGCGGGGGAGACUGGUUAGGACUGGGUGGUGGCGAUGACGAUGGAGGCCUGGAUCUAAAUAAAGUUCCCCUCAAAACAAACACACCGUUUCCCAGAGAGAGCACAAAGGAGUCGCCAAGCACACAAGCUCCCCCGGAACGUCAAGAGAGGCAAGCGUCUCCGCCAAGAAGGGCCGGCCGGCGCCGGGGGGACGGUGAUAAUGAUGAGUUCUUACGCAUGCUGGGAAUCACUGCUGACGAGCCUCAUAAGCCAAAACAGGUGGAGUCAGCUGAUGACAGCGGCAAGUCGUCAUCUUUCCCAUGGGAGUCACCAGGAGGCAGUCCAAGGAGAGGAAGACGGUGGCGUGAUCAGGCGAGUCCACAAAGUUCGCUGGAUACACCAGAUCCUGCACCUAGUCAGGGUGGUCCUGUGCAUAAGCCACAGCCAACAGCUGGACAGGAGGGUCCCCUUGACAGGCAGCAGCUGGCAGCUGGUCAGGGAGGUCCGCUAGACAGGCCGCAGCAGGGUCAGGGUGAGGGUGGUCCCUUAGAUAACGAGGAAGCUAGAAGGAGAGGUAUGCAAGGUAAACGCCAAGCAUCUAUUAAUCAGGACACACCAAGACCUGGAACUGAACAGCAACCGGUUAAUCGACCUCCAGUACAAGUUCAGCCUGGAUCACAGCUGUACCCUGCACAGGCCAGUGUCGUUCCUCCUGCUUCAACACCUACUGCAGUAUCACAUGUACCACCCCCGCAGUCAGUUCCAGUACAACUCGGCCCUCCCCAUCCACAGGAAUAUCCAUCACAGCAGCCAUAUACAGCCAGUCCCAUCUCCCCUCAGGGCAACAUUCCACCGCAAAUGGGAGCCCAGCCAUACACUCAUCAAUCGUAUCCUCAGUACCAAUCUUCUCCUUUCGCUUUGCCUACCGGCCACAAUCUACCCCAGACCCUUUCCUACCAACCUCAGUACCAGUCCCCUGCUGGAUUUCAAUCAUCGCCCCAGAUCCCUCAACCAACAUCGCUGGAAAGACUCGAAAUGACAAAGCUGAAAGCUGAGAGUGAGCUGCAGCAGAGUCGAUUGAUGGAGUAUGAGGUGACAAGUGAACACCGCGAACAGCAGAAGAUGCGGCUUGAGGAAGAAGUGAAAGAGCUGAUGAAGAAAGUACAGGAGAUGGAGGGCAUCAGGCACAAGAAGGACUUGGACGCCACGAGUAAGGUGUCAGAGUUAGAAGGAAAGGUCCGCCGUUUAGAACUUGAGCGAGAGCAAUUGUUGUCCACGAUUGAGGCACUGAAAACGAGACACAAGGAUGAACUGACUAAUAUCGAUUCUUCUCACAAAUCUCACUUGAAGACUUUGGAAGACUCUUAUCAACGUCGCGAACAAAGACUGAAAGACGAGACCGACCUAAUCAUCCAGCAAAAUAGCGAAAAGUUAAGAAUCUUGGAGACUGAAAAAGCUGACUUACAAACAUCUCACAACCGAAAACUUUCAGCUCUAGAGACAGCGAAAAACAACGAGAUAGAAACACUAAAAGACCUUCAUCGGCGAGCGUUAGAGCAAUUUCGCGCAGAGCACGAAGAAGAGGUCGCGCAUCUGAGAAGGCUCAAAGAGCAAGAGGUGUCAGCGGCUACCAGUGCGCAUGCUCACACCAAGUCGCUCCAGUCUCUCAUGGAUCAAGUGUUAAACUCGACUCGUGAAGUGAGCGACUUACGUCAGAAGAUCGAGGUCACUCAUAAGAGUGGUCUUGAUGAGCGCGAACUCUCCGCCAGGGCCCGGGACGAGUACUUGAAACAACUGCAGGAGAGGUUGCACAGGCAGCAAUCUGAAAAUGACGAAGAAAGGACCAGGUUACAAGGCCUGGUCUCCAAGAUGGAACUACACAUGCGUGAACAGACGCGUCAGGUUGAUCAAGAGAGAUGGCGUUUGUCUCAGGAGGAGUCUCGACUGAAGGCUCUUCAGGCAGCACUGGAGGACGAGCGACGAAUCACAAUGGAACAGCUGUCUUCACAAAGAGCUGAGGUACAGCGCGCCCGUGAUGACCUGGUGCGAGAGCAAAGAACCACCAUGACUCAAAUCCAAGAAGAGCGGCGGUCACUGGCCACAGAGCGUGCCCAGCUCUCCUCGGCUCACAGAGACCUGAUAAGUAGAGAGAAACUGAAGACUGAGACGAGUGUGCAGGCCGAGGCUGAUCUGGGGGCGACUGCGGUGAAGAUUAAAGAAGACGCCGCUGCCCUGAGUGUGCGGGAGGCUCAACUGAAACAGGAAGAGGAGAGACUAAGGAGAGAGAAACUUGAAUUUGAGCGACAGCGGAGUGGAUUUGACGAAGAAAGGGACCGAAUAGGAAAAUUAGGCCUGGAAGUACAGAAGAGGUCACGAGAGAUUGACGAACUUUGCUCAGAUGCUGGUCGGGUGCGUGACGAGGGCGAGCAAGCCCUGGAACUAGCCGAACGGGUGCGAGUGAACGCUGAGGCUCAGCGAGCUGAAGCUGAAGGAAUGUUCCUUGUCGCGCAAGAGAAAGAGCGACAGCUGGCCCAGGAUCGUCUUGCUAUCGCGCAUGAGCGACGUUUGCUGGAGAAGGACAAGCAGACAGGGCGGUGCUGGCAGUGUGAUGGACGGCGAACAAAUCCAGCAGAAGAAAUACAUACUUCAGAUUCACCCGCAGUGGACACGUCAAUCCUUACCCACCCCUCCCUGCCAAUGUCAGCUCCUGGGACUCCUGAUUUGUUGGUAAACAGUCUUGAGUUGAAAAGAAUACUUCGGAAAUGGUCCCAUGACAAAGAAAAGGACGAGGAAUUCCUUGAGCAGGAAGCCCAGUUUCUCAACAGACUACAGAGGUCACGUGAUACCAGCAAACAUAAGUCCAAUGGUUCUCUGAAUUCAACAGUUUACUACAUAUGAUCACGUGAGUCGUGUAUUGUCAGGCCUGUUUAGCAAGUCUACAGCUCUCAGUAUGCCUCAUGCGGCCCAUUGAACAAACUGAACGAAUUAUAUACUAGUAUUAAAACAUAUAUUUUCACGAUUACUUCUUUUGUUCCCAGAGUGUUUAUAGUGGUUAGGUCAAUCUUUUUUGUCUUCUUUAUUUAUUAGCUUCAGAUGAAAAUAUACUUUCUCCUAUUUACGGCUAGUAAUCAGAAUAUGUGAAAACUGUACAAACUUGAAUAAUCAAUGUGGGCUCAGCAGACGUUUAGGGUCAUUUUAAGGUCGUUUCAGUCUUGUUAAGCUUCCUUUUAUUUCUGUUGUGUUUUGAUUCAUUUCAAGCCAUCAUCUUAACAUUUUAUAUUACCUUUCUGAGAGCAGUCGGUACAUGACAGAAUACCUUAAAACUGGGAUCUAACUCCUUUUAAAUCUAAUUUCUCAUUGUUAUCUUGUUCAGUAAAUUAUUAAACAGAAGGAAGAAGUGAAUGGAGAAAAUCGUAAUCUAAAGAACAAUUGCUGGCCGAACUACCUCAUUCUCAAACCUAACAGUAAACAAACGUUAUGACGUUCAGUUAGGAGAAUUGAUCAUUUGAGCUCGGGACUACUAUCUGUCACAUAUUCGUACGUUUAUAAAAGAACUUGCAAAAUACGGAACUGAUUUUUUUUGGAGACGAGAAAAAAGCUAGUUGAACAUGUUUGUGAACCAGCGGGCAAGUAAAAUAACUUACUUUGUAGUGACCUGAACGGUAAGGGCAAAAUUAUCGUCUGUUUCAGCAUUGUUACGAAGAAGUACAAACUAUGAUCACGAUAAACGUCAUUGCAAAAUGACCUAAAAAUAUCUUCUAACUUCCCCGAUAAGAGACAUUAUUGAGGGAUCUUUUCUUAUGAAAGACAUGCCAUUUGCUUAGUUUAUUUUUGUUCAUUUUCAAACUGAGUCUCUUGGACAUUUUCUCAUAAGCUGUUUUUGUUCGCUCUUGUCUCCCUGUAAAGAGCUUUACAAAGAUAAACUACCCUUUUCGUUGAACUGAAUUCACGGUCUUGAAGCUAAGUCACCCUCCCUCCUACGGUAUUUAACUCAAUAGCUCUCUUGCUACCGGCUUCCCUUCGCUGUCUUACAAUGUAGACGUUUACAGCCGAUCCUUUCGUUUUACUGAACUCAAUGUAGACUAAAUUAAACCAUGACGUCAGUCAUCAACCAUUUAUCGCGACGAAACCAAGUUCGUUCUGGAAAAUUGAGGCUCUGUGCAUAUUGAGCACAUUAAGCACAUAUAGUUUGAAGCCUAACUUACUGAAUAUGUUACAUUCAUAGACUGGACAUCAAAUGCUCUGUGCUAGAUUUUUGCUUAAGAUACGGCCUAGUUGGCCAGAAUUGUCUGAAGACUAGCCAUACUUGUACGCGAUUCUCUCAUCGCACGAAAGAAGGAACAAUGCUGCAGACGUCAACUGGCUGUGAAAGCGCGUUUUAGUUGACAACAAAGCAAGUUUAUGUACGACAAGCACUCAUGUAACACUUACAACUCUUGUCGUCACAAUAGGGUCUCGAUAGAAGCACAUUCAUUAAUCAAGUCAAUCAGUGGAACUAUUAACCUUGGACUGUGACAAGACGUGCGCGUCUGGGCACUUCAACUCUUAUUUGAUAAGAUCAAUAUUGAGUUUUUUGAGGCAUGACAUUUGGAAAAUUAUGAGAGUCCAUCUGUUGCUCCGAAAUACAGUAAUGUUCAUUUGCCAAAAGUCAACUCUCUAUAUUGUAUUAAGCACCUAAAAUAUUGGCAUUUUAAGUUUUAAUUUCUCCGUAUAAACGUCUUUUGUUUUGUCUCCGUCCCUUCACUUUACGAUACAUUUGUAUGAAACAACACCAGUUUUUGAACUUCGUGUCUUCCAGUCGUCCAGAGAUGCUAGUAAUUUGAAAUAAUUUCUAGAUAAUAGCAGCAAGUCUCUAUCCUUGCAUUGUGGGGGUUUGAUGUUUUAAAAAACGUUGUGACAUCAAUUGAACACUCUAUAAAGAAUUUGAGUAACGAUAGGUAUGGUGUAAAUACUGUUACGUUUUCAAAUAAUUUUGUCCCUCUCUUCUUUACAAAACAAGAGACAAGUGGACGAGGCAGAAGCCACGCACCUCUUCGGAACCAGUAAUUUCAUUCGCUCCCCGUUUAACGCACUUCUUUUGUGUUAAGGGCUUGGUUCAUUAUUUCUGUCGUUUGUUCAAUUGUUUUUCAGGCAACUAAAAGGUGCGUCGCGCCUCGGACAAGGCAUCUCAUGAAACUACAGUUCUAGUACCAUUUGGUUGACUGCAUAGGUCCGCCAUAUGCUUAAUACAUUAUAACGAGACGACAAGGCAAUCGUAGUUUUUUUUCUUGUUAUUGUUUAGAAACAGAUUCUUUCUCCAUUCUGUUGCCAAGGAUACGUGACGGUUCACGUAAGCAUCAGACUUAAGUUUGAUCUUGACGCCAUAAAUAAUUAGGAAAAACCAAAACUCUAUAUCAGUAUUGUUGUUUUUUUCUCCAUCAGUGUAAUUAAUAGUAUUAUAGCUUAUUUGUGGCCAAGCACGGUAACUUGCUGUUAUUUGUUUUGCUACAGCUGGACUCGAUACAAAGUGUGUUUUGCAAUCUACAAACGAAUACCAUUAAUAUAUUACUUUAAGAUAUAAACUCCGAGAGAAAUUAAGCCACUUCUCGAAUACUUAAAAACAUUUUGAAGAUUGCGUUGGUUAAAUACCUUAUCAACAAAGGAUUCUAAUUCAGGCUUGUCAUAAAGAGCAGCCAGUAACAACCAUGAGUUCAUCAUGCUUGACGUCAUGCGGCAGGACGACACUUAAGCUGGUUUUCACCAACUUUGUUCCCAGGGCCUCUCUUCUGUUAGGCCAUGGGGGCGACCAUGGGAACUGCGAAGCAAAGUUACGUGCGCGGACUCGGUAAAGAUGUUGAUAAUUUGAACCUUUUGUCAAGAACGUUUCCUAACAAUAACCUAUUACUCACCGAGCGCGAGGGCCGUACUGUGGAAUAUUGGCCCGAAGUCAUGGCAAUAGGGACCGAGCGCAGCGAGGUCCGUACCAAGAGCCGAUAUUCCCUAGUACGGCUCGAGCAAGCUACUAGGUCAGUAGAAGCCUUAAGAUUACCAGGGAAAUGGGGUUUACUCUAGUGACAAAUCAAUUGGCUAGCCUAGGUAACAAAAUUUAGUUAAAUGUCACAUUGACUGGCGCGAUCUAUAGAAUUCCUAGUAGUGAUGUAAUCUUAAUUUCUCUCGUUUACCUUCUCAUAACGAAUUCAAAUAGGUAUACGUUAUGAAAAUGACGGAUCUAAUCAUCUCAUGACUUCGAAAUGUUUUCACUUGCCCGCUGGCACUUGCUUAGUCUGACAAAGGCUAUUUUUUAACGUGGUUUGCAAACAGCCCAGGCGAUUAUUCUACUUUUCCUACGAUUUUAUUUUGGAAAGUUCUAAGUGAUCGCUAAUCUAGUAUUUUGUAAAAUGACAAAACGCGAAUCAUUGUUAGCUCUCUUAUGCUGAUCGAUCGAAUUAUUGGAUCUAUUCUCUUGUAGUUGGACAAAAUACUGGUGUCCAUAACAUGUACAAAAUCGUGUAAGUUAGAGAUGAGAUUGUACAUAUUUUAUUAUGUAUAGUAAACCUAAAAUAAACAUUUUGAUAUCAAAAUACUUGCGUGUGUAGUAAACCGUUUGUUUAAGUAAUUCUAAGAUUCCCCAAGGCACUGGGUCACUCGACACGGCCAGACAUCUUGAGAAUUCUCUUUGGCGGAGAUUAAAUCUUUGCUAUCAUUUAUUAAAGAGGCAAAUUAGCUUCAUUAAGUUGCAGUAACACCUAUAUCUUUGAUCCUGUCACUUGUCAAACGUUUGUUUCAUCACGGUAAACUCUCUCUUAUAUAGACUUAACUUCCUUUACAUACGCCGUUUUAUAGUUUACAAUGCACGGAUUAAAUUAUUUUCGUCUCAUCCUUAUGAACUGUAUGACUUAAAAUAUUUGCGGCUUUUAAUAUUUGAGAUUGUUCCACGAUCUAAAAGCAUUCGUUCCCAGCUGAGGAAAAAAAAAAUGUGCUGACAUUCUCUGUACUUUUAAAAUUGCCUAUUGCCGAUUGUUGCGUUGUGUUCGUUUAUUCAAUGUACCUCUUUCUUACCAAAAAAAUUGCUGUGGAGAUACGAGCUGUUAUGUGAAUUUUCCUGCUCUGUUUUACUGCAUUUCUGUGAUUAUCCUCUUCACUUAAAAGAUUGGCUUGGAGUCACACAAUGGAAAAAAAAUUCGCAAGUUUUCUUCCGCUUUAUGCAUGGGACAUGUGGGUAUUACCAUUUCCACUCGUAUUCACUCACUUGUCGUUGUGGUUUCGCCUUUCUUAUAGUGUUUGAAUAUUCUCUUUGUAUUGUUACCGGCCUUCAAGGGAUAUCUCUACUCCUCACAAACCGGCCCUCCAUGGUUCUCACGGCUCGAACGAACAGCAAUUGAAGGACUGUUUGAAACAUCAUAAUUAUUGCAUGUUGUUCAGUUUAUCGUUUACAUAUUUCAUUUUGCUGAAAACGUCACUUAAUGGACUCUCCCAAGAACAUAUUCGGUAUCUCCAAAUAGCGAACAACACAGCCCCCCAAAAAAACCAAAAUAACUUUUUUGAAAACUCCCACAAACAUUUCCUACUUUAUGCUUCUUCAAAUAUUGUAUUCACAACACAAUAUUCCAUGAAAAUGGAGAUACACCGACCAUUCAAAUGCAGCGGCUUUAAAACCACAUGAUAUUGUACAGUUCUAUGAAAUUUUACAUUACUGCGCCUUUAAAUAACAUGCGGACUCUAAAAUUCAAAGCUCUCACUCAACCGACAAAUGCGUUUUUCGCUACCGUCAAUAAAAUGUUCGGCGGCUGCUCCCAGCUUCCCACUACUGCUGAGCACUGUUUCGUUGUCUGAACUGUGCUCAACGAUUUGAUUACCACGCGCUCGGCAGU